AUGAUUACACCAUUGGGUGAUAUGGAUGAGGAAUUUGAUGAAGGGGUUGUUGCAGAUCACCAUCGCACACAUGAAGGUUUUGGUGACCCAGGAUGUCAUCAGUACCAGAGUUUUGACAAGUCCGGACCAAACUGGGUUAAUAUGCUCAGGCAACAAGGUGCUUCAGUUGACGCAACUAGUCCUCAAACUUCACAUCUGAGUCCGGAGGUACACAGUAUAUCAGAUUUAACUUCCUUUGACUAUGGACAACGUCUGCCAUCUUUAGAAGGCAGUUCAAGUGCUCCAAUCAGUAAAGGAACACCUAAUAUGGCUCCACAUUCAGUUUUCGCAUGGCAGCCCUUUGGAAGCACAUCAGUUCACAACCAACCACAAGCUUCUUCCUUUCACGGACAACCCGCACAUUUAAUUCCAUUGAUCCCAGGUUCAACUGCUACUUAUAGCGGUAUGGUUAGCUCUUCUCCUGCUAGUUCAAUGCCUACAACUACUGAUUUAAUGGAUUGCCAUCAGAAAACUAAUUCACACUAUGCAUAUUCUACCAAUUAUUCCAGCUCCUCUGCAUCAAAUAAAUCUCGUUCUAUCGUAUUAAGUCCUGCCACUCAAUCUGGAUGCUGUCCUUCCGAUGUACAGAAUAUACGUUUAGGAAUGCUUUUACCCAAUUCUCAUUCCCCAACUACUGCUCCAGUACCAAUCUAUGCACCUUCACUUUCAUCCACUACCACUUCUAGUUCAGCACCCCAUCAAGCCUUUUGUUCUCCAAAUAGCUCUUCAAGUUCGAAUCUAUUUAGUACACCUCCAGUAUUGUCUAAUCACCCAGUUCAAGAUCCUGCUAAAGCUGUCAGUCAAAAACAACGUUCAAAAAAGGAGAGUCAUAACAGAAUUGAACGGAAGCGAAGAGAUUAUAUUAACUCACAAAUCGUCUAUCUCAGUAGCUUACUCCCACCGGAACUGUAUCGGGAUGUAGAUGGUCGACGAAAUAAAGGUAGUGUGCUCCGACUUUCAGUUAGUUACAUUAUGGAGUUACGUGAAGCUGUUUCAAGAAUGGAAAGUCUUAAACAAGAAAAUACGAUAGCACGCCAACUAAUUCCCCUCCUUUUACAACGUAUUGAGAGCCUUGAGAAAAUGACCUCGGAACCUAGUGGUGAUCUAAAAUCUAGUGAACAGUUACAUCACUCCUCAUCUGCCAAUUCAUUGAGAAAUUUACAGUCACUUGAAGCUGUUUAUCAAUCAUGGCUUUUAUUAAAUGAAGCAAAUCAACGUGGUUCUAAUAGUAGUGGAAAUACGCCGAAUUUGUCCACAUCUGUUUCACGACACUCAAUGCAUCCUGCACAUACAAAUGCAAGUGAUAGUCGAUAUUUACAUGACGGUUCCAAAUUACACCCAGUCCAAUCAAGACACAAUGUCAAUAUAAAAAGAGAACAUGGUGAAGAAGAAGAAAGAACAGAUGAUUGUGGUUCAUUAUGUAACAAAUCAGAUACUCGACGUCCAGGAUGCUCGUCUCGAUCAAGCUUUACUGAUCAUCCAACAUCAGAGAAGAUUGAGGAAGAAGUAGCGUCACAAGAUGGAAGCUUUGAUAGUAGACCUAAUUCUGCAUAUGAGUGCUAUCCACAUAAUCUACCAAGAACUCCACAGUCAAGUGUUUUCCUGCAGAACCACUGA